UUUCUAAUUUGUAGAUUUGUUCUUGCAAUGCCACAACAAAUUACAGGGAUGCAAACUCAUGAGGGGCAAAAAGGUGAAUCAUAAUCAUCAGAAAAGUGUCAGUGGUCGCCAAGGAGGCGGUGUUCCCAUUUUGAUUCUCUUGGGAAUACUGAACGUCUGGGUUCCUAUUUUAAGAACCUACUUAAGAAUUUGGGCUCCUGUGGAAGCGGACCAUGCCAACUAAAAUGAUCUCAAAGCCUCUUAAUCAUAAUAAGGCUGGAGGUACACAGCUGCUCAUACUCUGGAACUCUUUGGAACAUCUCAAAAGGUCUCAUACUACGUCAAAGCAUUGAGGAAUCCUUAAUAAAGCCCAAGGAGUGACGCUUGGUUCCAGUUGCUCACCAGUUCCCAUUGCCAUGACAAGCAAUACCAGUGACCAUAAUGCUGCCUCCUGCCUACUGAUGACAAAACCUUCUCGUCAGCGACUGGUCAGCAAGGAUGGGCGAAGCCUGAUGCGAGCCAAUGCAGGGCGCAGAGAGACAUGUUCGGGUGCCCUACGCGACAUGUGGGGGACAUGGCUGGCGCUGCGGUGGCGAUGGGUGGUGCUGGCAUUCUGCGGCUCCUUCCUGCUUCACUGGCUGAUAUUUGCAGUGCUGUGGUACCUGCUCGCCCGUGUUAACGGAGACCUGGAUGUGCCCGACCAUGACAACCCACCGCCAGGCCACAUACUAUGCGUCAAACAUGUAAAUGGCUUCACUGCCGCAUUCUCUUUUGCCCUCGAGACGCAGCUGACCAUCGGGUAUGGCACCAUGUACCCCAUCGCUGACUGUCCAUUAGCCAUAGCAUUGCUCGCUCUACAGAUGCUGCUGGGCCUGAUGCUUGAAGCCUUCAUCACUGGUGCAUUUGUGGCAAAGUUCUCUCGCCCUCAAAAGCGCUGCGGUGGGAUCCUGUUUAGUCCGCAGGCCGUAGUGUGUGAGGUCAAAGGUCAACGCUGCUUGAUGUUCCGCGUGUGUAACCUGCUUCCCAGGCCACUAGUAGAUGUGUGUGUGAGUGCUGUUCUCUAUGAAGAACGUGACGAUCACAUACUCCACCACACCACAAUGGAAUUCACUGUGGAUGACCUGGGGUCACAUCCUUGCCCUCUUUUCCUGUCACCUCUGACCUUUCAUCACCCCUUAUCUCAAUCAAGUCCCCUAAACCAUGCAUUUUCCCCAGCUAGCCAAUCACACUUCGAGUUAGUGGUGUUCCUCUCCGCCACUCAGGAGAGCACGGGCUCAGCCUACCAUAAGAGGACGUCCUACCUGCAAGAAGAGAUCCAGUAUGGGAGCUGCUUUACCAAGGCAACUUCUCUGCGCUGGAAAGGGCAGAGCAAAACAGAAUAUAUACUCUAUUUUGACACGCAGCCCUCCACACUCACACUCCCAAACACAAAAACCACUGACGCAAUGGCGAAAGACAAUGUGGUGGUCCAGGUUAACGGGGAGGGCAGUGAUGGGGUUGAGUAGCACUGGUUGUGUGUUUGUUUAUGGGUGGUUUGGUAAGUAAUUACUACACAUCUUCUCCGUUCAUAUAAAGGACAUUUCAUUUUACAACAACAACCUCCAGUUUUAAACUUAUUAUACCACAAGACAACCUCAGCUAGCUGUAAUCUGGCAUUGAAACCUAGUCCAUCACAACUACUUUGCUGUUUUGGACACAGUGAUCUACACUUACAGCUUCUUCUGCUGCUCAGUACACUGUAAUAUAGCAACACAAAUGAGUGAGAGUCGUUUGAGAUGUUUUUGUCAGGCUAACUUAUGGGAGUUGAUUUUCAUUCUUCCAAAUUUUUUUGCUGGAGGGAACUAUCCACCCCAAAUAUGUGCCUAAAAACAUUUUUUGAAAAGCUUGAAGGCAUAUGCAAACAGGCAAAUUAACAAUUAUGUAAAUAAGUAAAGCAUAUUAGAUUAUUUACUAGAUUAUUUUGGGGGAAAGGAAAUCUCAGUAUUAUCAGUGCAAUGCAAUUUAUGCAAAAACAGAAAAAUAAGCCCAAUUUUAAUGUUGGCAUAACACUGCUUGAUCUUUAUUUUAGAUUAUUGUAAAGCAUGUAGCACAUGUAUGUACUGUCCAUCAGGAAAGGCUGAUUGUUUUCACUUUAUACUUGUAUGUAUAAACACAUGAUUUAAAAUAAACUUUCUGAAAGAGAACUGUAGUUGUAAUGUUCUCUGAUACUGGCAAAUUACUUACCGUAAAAUUAUUUUGCAUUGAGUAAACUCUGAUCUGUAAAAAUGCCUUUAUGUUGUAUGUGGAGCACAAAAACAGGAUUAAAGUAUU